AUGAUUGCCAAAUUAAAUGUCAACUCUUUAAAUAAACAAGCAGUCAAGUUUUAAUUUUAUAAAAAAAAAGAAACAAAUUGUAAAAUACAACAGGCUUACAAUGGUUGGUGGAGAAGGCAGUCGAGGCAUACAAGUAUUAAACAUUUCCAAUGUCAAUGCUCAAGGUAAAACUGUGCUCAACGAUGGUAAGCUGCUGGAGCUAAUACAACAAUACCCGUUUCUCUACAAUCCUCGCGUCCGCCCCUAUGGUGAUUCUGACUAUUCUAUGUGGGCGUGGAAACGCAUUAAUGCCGCAUUUAAUCGCAACUAUGAAAAUGAUCCAUUUGCUGCAUUUUCCAUAUCCGAUUUGAUGGACCGGUGGCAAGUGCUCAAACCACUUAUACAGUGCUUGAGUAAAGCCUAUGACUUAAAUGCUAUUCCCGCUUCUCUGCGACAAUCUGUUCUCCAAAUUAGUAUCGAACUGGAGGAUAGUUCAACAAACUGUUUACAGAAGCCAAAUACUCCUAUGCAAAAUAUGCUUAUGGAUAAAAUGUCGGAUAUUAGUCAACUACCAUUGGACAAGCGACUAAGUUUAGAAAGCGACAUAUUGAAUUUUAUACUUAAAUCGGAGUUGGAAUCUAAGCAAGCACAUGCCCUGGAUUUGAAUGAUGUGACACGCGCCAAUCAGGAGGCAGAUGAGUUUUUAAAUGACAUUGGUUUCAAACAAGUUUUGGAAAUGGCAUGGAAACAGCAAACUAAUCUAUUCAACAUCAAGUCAGAGGAUGGUGGCACAUCAAAUGGUAUAUAUGUGCAAAACGGCUCACAAAACCGAUGGAUUCCCUUGACAGAGGCACAUAAAUUCAUACGUCCUUGCUAUGUCAGUCUUAAACGCAUGAAUCUCGAAGAUUAUAUGCCGCUUUCCAAGAUUAAGAAGGCCUACAGUAGAACUUUUAUUAAAAGUGAAUAAUAUUUGAGUUCUAGGUAUAUGCUAAUUUCUAAGCUAUAAUUAAGGAUUAUGUACAAAUUAUAAUAAGUAUUUCACAUAGAUAUUUUAACAACAGAUUGAUGAAUAAUACAAACCAAUUUUAAGGUUUUUUUUUAAAUAAUUUUGAUUGUCUAUAUAAGCCAAAUUUCUUAUUAAAAAGUCGUAUAACAUCAUAAUUUAAAAAUUUUUUGCAACUUGAUUGUAAUGCCAUAUUUGAAUAUUUAUUUACGUCGUAUCACUUACAUUCGAUGUUCAAGUCCAUAUAGUUAACUAAUUGGCCAUUAAUUUGGUGGCGGACAUCUGGUUGUUAUAACCACAUACAAACUUCUUUUGGCUAUCAAGGUCCUUCCUUUGCAAAGAGUCGAUCGCAGGGGAGACGGGAAUAUCUUCUCUUAGUUGGUGUUCGAAAUUACUUUGUUUUCGAUAAUCAUUUUCGGAUGGAGUCGCACUUUCAUUGUCCAUAUAAUAAAUAUAGUUGUGAUGUUUAGUUGGCGUAUAUCUUUACGUCCUUAGAAGUAAUUUCUUCAAAUUCUCUUUUUUUCAAGGCUUAGAUAUAACCGUUUAGUUACAAUAUUUCCAAUUAGCUUGCUGAAGAAUUACAAUUGCAUUGUAAUAGGGGAGGUGUGUACAAUGGUCCAUCUUUAGGGUAGGCAUCACUUUUUAUAGAUAAAGUCCCGACGAUACAACGGCGCAAUGACAUACCAUUCCCACUUCAUGGAAAAUGCCGCGAAAUACGUACUUGGGUACCAGAGGCCUCCCCAAAAAAACCCAUGGUACGACCAAGAAAAAUAAAAAUGAGCCUCACUCUAACAGGUAAAAAAACAUUAGGCAAAAAAAUAUUUAUUUUUAUUAAUGACGUUGAUAAUCGAGCUUUUUUUAGUUCCCUAUUUAGUCACUCAUAGGUAUAUAUCGCCAAGUGGCACCUUUUCUCCCAUACCGAGACACUAAUAAGAGUAAAAAAUUAUAUCGCCUGAGAUUGUUUUCAACUUGAGUUGAGCUUGAGUGUUGAUUUAGUGAGACAAUGUUUGCGGGGAUGUACUGCAUCAUAAAAAUGCUAACGGUUUUUCUUUAACAAACUAGUAUGAGUGAAACUAAUGAGAGGAUAAAUAACCGCGAUAAGAGAAACACAAACCAAAUGAUCGAAAAGGCAAGGUAAUGCAGAUAGAACGCACACAAUCAAACAUAUGCAUAACAACAUCAAUGAAGUCACAUAUAAAAAAGGGACACAAAAAAAUUAUCAAAUAUGUGAGCGCCAGCGACAGUCAUAGCUAAUUAAAGUAAGCAAAAGUAUUAUUUGAAUAGAAAGUCAUUAAACGAAAUCAUCUAGAGCCGGACAAUAUCCUGUAACGGGGUCUCAAAAAGUUUUCAAGACUGAAAAAAGAAACCGCAAACAGACAAACCAAAUGAAAAGCACGUCGCAUGUGGUGUAGCCUAUACACAAAAAUGCACUGGCAGCAACAACCGAUGGUUGAUCUCAGUGCGAUGAACAAAUGAGUUUUGAAAAAGAUUUUUGAGUUUGCUGCUAAUACCAUUGGUAAGUUGAAUUUGAACAAGAGAAGUAAGUUUUUACUUGGUUCCUAUAGCGUUUGUGGAUCAAUUAAUCUUUUAGAGCCCUGUCAAAUUGAGAUGUUUGAUAUAGGUUAGGUUUAAGUGACAGUCUGUUAUCAGACUCACUCAGACAUUUUCGUCCAUUGUGAUGCCACAGGAACAGAAGAAGGAAGAUGCCUACUAGUUCCUACCUGGAUCUGGAUGGUUCAACAUCCAGAUCGCUUUAAAAGCCAUAUAACUUGUGAAUGUUCACAUCCGCUAAAUCAGACAGGUUCUCAAAGAAAUGAGAAAUUAAAGUGGCACUCCCUUUAAGUGCUAGUGCGGGACACACACACACACAGAAGGUGUUCUAUACUCUCUUCUUCUUCGAUGUCCUCACAGCUUUUGCAAAAGUCGUUGCUGGCAACCUUCAGUCUGUCAGCAUGUUUUCCGAUUAGAUAGUGACUUGUCUUGACAGACACAAUGACUGAGACAUCAGUUCUAGCCAAUGACAGCAAAGCAGUAGACCUCUCGGUUCUAUCAGGAAUAGUGUGACAGUAAUAUUUAUCAAAAAGCGGAUCAGGUAGGGUGUAAUCCACACUGCCUGGAACAUUGGAUGCCGCAUCAAGAUAACAGUGUCCGUAGCCGCCACAUGACCAAUAAGAAAGCUUCUUCAAUCUCACGGCAGUGGUCACUGCAAUUUGGGUAGCCACAAUGUCCAGAGGCAUAAGAUGUAGCAUUAAAUUCAGUGCAUCAGAUGGUGUCGUCUUCAGUGCGGCUGUGAUGGAUCCGGUUAAGUAUUGAGUAGGUGGACUUUUGAAGCACCGUCCGUCAGGUAUUUCGCGCUUUCUGUAAAUGGAACAUUCUCUACACCCAAGGAGAUAGGUUCCAAUGUAGGCAACUUGUAUCCCUGCUGAAAAUAACUACUUCUGUCUUGCACGGAUUUAUACCUAGACCACUUUGCUGUUGCACGUAUAUAUCUCUUAGAGUGCUGGGAAACUUUCUCCUAAUUGCAAUUGUAACGUCAUCAGCGUACGCGGCCACUUUUACGCCUUUUUCUUCCAGAGACGUAAUAUAUAGUUAAUGACUAUAUUCCAAAGUAGAGGAGAUAGUCCACCUCCUUGAGGUGUUUCUCUGCCGACCCAUCUUUUUAGAUCCACAGAUCCCAAGCCUUUAGUAAGUAAGUUAUUAAUAAACUUUCUUACAGUAGAGUUGAUGCCUAGAAACUCCAACUCCUACAUGAUUGACGUCGGUUUUACAUUGUUGAAAGCACCUUUAAUGUCAAGAAAUACAUUGUAUAUUCCUUGACAGCCGAGUAGGUCGUGAAAGGCUGUUUCAAUGGAUUUGCCUUUACUAUAUGCAUGCUGCUGCCGCGACAUGCGAUCUCCAGGGAUCUUUGCCUUAAGAUAUGUUUCUAUCAACCUCUUAAGAGUCUGCAGCAUAUAGGAUAACAGACUAAUAGGACGAAAAUCUUUCGCCUUCGUGAGGUAGGGUUUUUCUGCAUUCCCACAUGUAUAUAUGAGAUUCUGAGAUUCUGCUUGUAAUUCAACCGAUGAUACAUCAGGCCCUGGCGACUUAAAGGAGUGGAAACUUCUUAUCGCCCAAACAAUUUUCGACUGACAUAUGACGAAUGAAUGUAGACCAGUAGUCGUUGUAGCAGUGUGUUGUACACUGAGGCGGUGCCGAUGGAGAACUCCAUCGGGUCAAUCCGGUACGUACAACCGGCUGCCAUGGGAUUGAUGCAUACUAGUGACAACCUCUUCUGGCGUCACGUUGUCCGUUGGAGAAUUUUUUGGGAAAUGUGUAUCAACGAGUAGUUCUAGUGUUUCCUCACUAGACAUUGUCCGUACAUUAUCUGACUUCUGAAAAUACCCCGCCGUAAUAGGUCUCGAGGACAGGGGAAUCUUCCUUAGCCUAGAGGAAUUCUACCCAGGACUUGUUCUGAGCCUUUCUAAGCUCGCCCUUAUAUUUCCUCUGCUCAGUCUUAUAGAUGUCCCAAUCGUGUGGUGCUUUUUUGCUCGGUUGAAGAGUUUUCUGCAGUCCUUCCUUAGACCAACCAGCUCUGGAGUCCACCAUGGCGGUCGAUGUUUGCCCCUUGGCUUGGCGCUAGGGCAUGCUGACACAAGCGAGUCAUUUAGGGCCUUCGUGAUCCGCUUGACCAUUAUGUCUAUAUCCUCCGUAGUUUCCACUUCCUUUUCUGGUCUGGAAGGGAUAGUCGUGCAGAAUUUGUGCCGAAAUUUAUCCCAAUCAACCUUUUUUCUGUUCAGCCGAGGGACCACUACUUCAGUAUUUUCUCCAAGGCUGAAACUAAUAUAACGAUGAUCAGAGAAGCUGUGGUCAUCCAACACUUCCUAGUCGCAUAUUCUUCCACUUACAGCCUACACUAUUUUGGUUGUUAUGUAGAGUACCAUUGACCAAUUUGACAAAUUCCGCCUAAGAAGGUUCAUGGUGAACCCAAAAUCGCGAUACGGAUAGCCAGUCAAAUGUUUUCAGCAACACCACACUUUUGCUGACUUUUAAAUGUUUUUGGCUAUGCUACUCUUUUUAUAAGAAGGCAUUAAACAAAAUGGUAUAGAGCCGGACAAUAUCCUGGAAUGGAAUCUCAAUAAGAUUUUAAGACCGAAAAAAUAAAGCUCAAACA